AUGUAUCGCAGCGCCGUCCGGUCGACGCCCCGCGCCCUGAGUGCCGCCCGUCAGUCGGCAAUCCGCACUGCCCCUCGACGAUUCGCCUCGACGACACCCGCCGACAAGCCCCGGUCAUGGAAGGGCUCGGCAUUGAGAUGGGGUCUUGCCGCCGGCGCCGUUUACUGGUAUAACACUAGCCCGGUCUUCGCAGAGGAGCCUCUCCCCCGAACGAUCCCGGCCCCGUCCCAAUUCUCUGACUCUGACCUUACCACUGUCGAUGCCAUUGUCGAAGAGAAGCGCAAGCGAGCCAUCGCGAAGGCCGAGGAAGCCAAGCCCGCGCCUGCCGCCGCCCCCGUACCGACGGAAUCGAGCGAGAAGACGCAGGAGGCGCUCGAGGGCGAGCCCGCGCCCGGCUCCCCCGAGGCUCUGGAGGCCGAGGCCGACCAGCAAGGUGCAUUCAACCCUGAGACGGGCGAGAUCAACUGGGAUUGCCCGUGCCUCGGCGGCAUGGCGGAUGGCCCCUGCGGUGAGGAAUUCAAGGCUGCCUUCAGCUGCUUCGUCUACUCCAAGGAGGAGCCCAAGGGCAUGGACUGCAUCGAGAAGUUCCAGGGAAUGCAAACGUGCUUCCGUAAAUACCCCGAGGUCUACGGCGCCGAGCUGGCCGACGACGACGAGUACCAAGAGGGCGCCGAAGACGCCCGGCCUGCGCUCGAUGCCAACACCGACGCAACUGUUGCGCCGCCCGCCACUUCCGCCAACGAGAAGAAGGAGACCAAGGCUGAGAUCAAGGGCGUGUCGGAGGAGAAGAAGCCUGCGGCCAAGUCGGACGCCGAGAAGCAGGACGAGGAAGUCAAGCAGAUGCCCAAGCCAGAGCCCGUCGACCUCAGCCAGCCCAACAGCCCGGCGACGGACGCCACCGCCGCCAACAACAACAUCUAG